CUCAUGAAACCAACAACCAGUAAUAAUACUAUGCAGUGCAGCGUAGCUGCUUAGGCCUACUCCUAAUCAUCCACCAUCAAAAUCCGCCUCCUAUUUUAACGACAUUAACUACCGUGCUCUGCAUCCACUGCCUCCAGCAGUAAGAGUCCACAUAUCAACUGGAGCACAAAAUCACACCCCUUGAUAUCACCACCUACUAACUGCCCUCUCUAUAACUAAAUACUUCGUUGUUUGCCACUAAUUUUUCUCCCUUUUAUUUAUUUAUCUCAUCAUUUUGAUCCCACAAAUCCUGCUUUUAAAAAAAAAAACUAUUUUAUUGCGACUUUUCUAGUCGGCUUUUAUAGUACCUAAAUAUAUUUUUGUUGACGUUUUGAUAAUUCUUCUUUCAUUUCCUAGGAAGGAUUUUUGUUUUGUAGUGAUUGUUAAUUAUUUAAGUCACUUUCAAUGUAAGGGGUUCGUUUUAUUUUCAAGGUUUUUUUUCUCUCUCUUUGAUGGUUGAAUUGUAUUUUUUUAAAGUUUGAUCGUGUCAACAACGAGCGUUGACUCUGUUUUUGGAUUAGUAUUUAAGCGUUUUGCAGCUGAAUUUAAUUCAUAAUCUCGAAUUCAGGAACUAGGUUUCAUGAAUUCUUGAUUAUCUGAUAUGCAGGGAAAUGGGGCUUUCUGAAAAAUUACUGUCGUUCUUUGUCUUUUUAGUGUGAUAAUGAUUUCUGAGUGUGUUUUCUCUGAAACUUAAUGAUAGAUUUGUGUCCUAUGUAUUGUGGGUUGUUCUAAAAAUUUAAAAUUUUUGGGGUAGGAUUUGUGAAUUUAUGAUUUAUAGGUAACCAGGUAAUGGGAUUUCUGUGUAAUCCCUGUAUUUGGUACUGAUUAUUUACCUUUUAAUUGGCCCAUUGAUCGAGAGAUUAAGUUUUUGAGUCUUGUAGUUAAUAAAGUGGUGUGAUUGCCUAUGGAGACGGUCCGUGUUGAUGUUAAGGAUGUUAACGGGUGCAAAAAUAUGCCUAUAGCUACGCUAGACUCUGAAAAGGUUGAAAAUCAUACUGAUGAUGGAGAAGAGAGUGAAUCAACCUCUUUGUUGCCUCCCAUGAGAGGUGGGAUGUCAAGGAAAUGUGAAAAAACACGAAGAAAAGUGCAGUGGAAUGAUAAGAAUGGGAAUAAGCUUGUGGAGGUGUUAGAGUUUGAACCAAGCGAAGCAAGUGACUCUGAAGAUGAUGAUUCAGAUACUUGUAUGUGUACCAUAAUGUAGAUAUCAUUUAGUGAACCAAAUUACAUGAUUGGUGAAUGAAAUAAUGAAGUUUUUCUCUGCGAUACCUGAUUUUGGUGCAAAUUGGCCUUUUCUACCCUUGCUCUUGUUAGGAGGGACCAAAGGUCUGGAAGACAAGCAAGGAAUUCUCUGACUUUCUCAUGUUUAUUUACAUCUUGGAGCCAUUCAAAUUCCUUAUGUGGGUUUCUGGAACUUUCUUACAAGCAGCUGCGAACUACUCAGAUCUCAUCUAGGAUCGAAGCAGAUAAUUGCGAUUAUAGCAAGCAUGCUUCUGUGAAAUGUCAUGUAUGUACUACAAUUGAGUUUCCUAAGUUUUUGCCAUAUAUAUUGAUGUGGGGAUUGAAACACUGAAGAGAUAUGAUUACCGUGUUAAAAAGGUAGUAAGUACUUCAAUUCUGUUUACUUCUUUUCCUCGAUAGCUUUUGUAGUCAAACAACACUGUGAGCCAGUUUGAGUUUCUAAAUACAGGUGGAUUUAUAGAGAA